AUGUUUUCAAGCCUUGACAAGAAGCACACACAGCACACGCAGCCGGCUGCUUCUCCUCGUGAAGCCGUCACGAGGUACGAGAUGCUCCUCGAAUCGGACGGGCGGUCCUCUUAUUCGCAGUGCAGAGAGGAUAUUCUCGGCUCGCCGCACGUGCAGAGCGUUGCCGAGGUCCUUUGCGUCCUCCAGGGCGAGGUAGCCGCUGCCAGCUGCGGAGAGGGUCCCGCGGGGCUGGGCUCAGACAGCGCCACCACUUGCCACAUCGUGGCCUUUCGGAAUCCCGCCAGCGGGCGGACGUGCCUGGCGCACCUCGAUGAUGCCCGCAAAGUCGAGGAAGCGGUAGCGUGCAUGCUCCGUUUGAUGUCUGCCGGGGGCGAUGGAGCAGAGGAACCCCUUGAUCUUUACGUGGUCGGGGGCUACGUCGGCAAAACGUGUUCGGAGGCGCUGUCGAACGCCCUCUUGUGCGUUCUCCACGAGUCCCCGCGAGCUUUCCGCGUCGUGCUGGCCUGCAUGUCCCGCCUCAACUCCAUGCGGCCCGCCGCUUCCGCCGCUGCCCGGACCGGAGACAGCGUGCCGGUCAGCCAGACUCCGGCUGCACAGCCGCCUUCCGUGGGCGGCGGCUGGGCCCCGAGCGCUGCUGGAAGAAAAAACGGUGGCGUCACCUUCGACGGUGGGAUGCAGGGCAGAGACGUGGUCAGCGAGGGUGCUGGGAGCGCGCGUGCUGACGUGGGCUGUGUCCGCGAUCCACAGGCGAGACGAAACCAUCCGGUGCCGACGGACACGGGCUCAGCGAAGGAUAACGACACUCGUCAUCGCGACGACGGGUGGCUGCCGAGACAAACAGGCCUAGCGAUAGACCUGCGGACCGGGCAGGCGUAUCCGGUACGUUUCGAGGGCGAGGGCAGAGGGCCCGGGUGGGGGGUGCGCAGCUCGAGGGUUUUCUCCGGUUCCAGAGAGAAGGCUUUGACAGAGAUCUACCAACCCCGAUUGGAUAGCGUCGUUGUUUCCCCAUUCCCCGUCUUCGUGGACCCCCGCUGGCUGGUACGAAUGCUCGUCCUACCGGACCGAGAACUAUUGGCUCAGACUUCGACCUCUCCAGAGGCCGAGGACGAGAGAUUCGUCGCAGACGUCCGCGCUCAGUUUUCCUACAUGUUGGCUCAGUCGGGGGCAGACGGGCAAUCGUGGUGCGAAAACGUUUUCGGAGCCGGAGGGGGAAGGCCCCUUGUUUUCCCCCGCCUAGCGCCAACGUCCUGA